AUGGGAAAGAAGAAGAUGCCAAUGAAAACAAAAGAACUAUCGUUAGCCAUGGCAGAAUCAUCAUCAGUAAUUGGAGAGGUACAAGUGCAACAGCAACAGGGACAACUUAUUACCCCAAGAAAGAGAGGCAGGCCUAGGAAAAUAGUGGAUAAAAGUGAAGAAGAUGAUGAAGAAGGUAUGCAAGAAGAGAUGGAGUUAAAGAAAGCAAAGUCAAAUGAAGAGUUGGUCAAAAAAGAAGAUAAAGAACCAUCGUCUCCUACUACUAUCACUACUAUUGCUGCUAACAAGGAUCAACCCAGAAGAAGCAGAAGAAAAAGCAAGCCAAGAAAAAGUUGCUAG